AUGUACCGCAAACGCAACGGCUCCCUGGGCUUCAGCAUGACGCGCCUCGCCCACACGGUGGUGCCCAACUUCUUCGGCGACGACUCUCCCACCCUGGCCGCCGCCCUGACCCCGCACCGGCGCGACAUGACCUACAUGCACCAGCUCGCCUCCGCCAACCCGCACGCCCUCGACGAGCACACCUUCUACGUCGCGGGCGUGACGGACAACGAGGCCUCGAGCCGCAAAGUGUUCCGCGCGCUGCGCAAGCACGGCGUUUUGCGCGCCGAGGACGACGCCACCGUGGACACGACGCACAUUGGGCGCGGGUUCGUCAAUCAGGUCGCGUGCAUCAGCGUGGCGAGGCAGCGCGAGUUGGUGAACAUGCUGUUCUGGUGGGAGGAGGAGUGUCAGCGCCUGACGAAGCUGGAGGCCGAGGAGGCGGAGCUGACGGGGCUGAUUGACGCUGUAGUUGUUGGAGGAGAAGAUGACGAUACAGGGCGGCGGCAAGAGCAGGAGAGACUGGAUCAGUUGAAGUUUGCGAGGGAGCGGGUGCGCAUGAAGAGGAGGCAGCGUCCGAGCCAGCGUAUGGAUGAGGUGGAGAAUGAUGAGGAUGAUCUGUUGGCGGCGUUUCAAGGUCCGGGGAGGAGCAGAAGCGCCCCGGAGAUCCGUGCAGGUGGUCUCUCAGAGAUGCCGCAGAGGGAGCAGGAAAGGCCGCCGGAAUAUUAUGCCUGA